CCUUUUUUCACCUUCCUCAAAUCAAUUUUCCCCUCACUUUCAGGCCUUUUUUGUCACCCUAAUGCUCAGCAACAAUUUACAUCGAUGCCUUCAGCCCCCACUGGUUCUAUGCCCCCACAUUUGGCAGCCUCCAUAGCUGCAGGAUAUGGUCAACGCUUAAUGGGUGGUGGGCAUAUAUUACAUCCCCAAUCUCAACAAAAUGGCAGUUCAACACAUAGGAACGGAUAUUCAAGUCAUUUGGCAUCCUCAUCUUCCUCUUCACACCCAUCAGGCCCUUCAUCUUCCAUUACUUCCACUUCUUCAAUUAAUCGUUCUCAACGUUGUGGUGUUUGUAGGGGGUGUCAGUGCAAACCCUGUGGGCAAUGUACUUAUUGUCAGGAUAGCCCUCAAUUUGGUGGCCCUGGAGUAAAGAAACAAUCGUGUGUUGAAAGAAGGUGUUUACGUGUGUUGGAGAAUAGACUACAGAGAGACGCCCCAACCUUCAAAGCAAGAAUCGGCUGUAAUGCUUGUGAAGAUUGUCGAGGCCCCGAUUGUAGAAUAUGCCUCGUUUGCUUGGAUAGACGCUUUUUUAAUUCCAAAUAUAUGGCUGGGGCUCUAUGCGCGAAGAAGAGAUGUAAUAAUGCCACUGCCCUGGAAUUGCCUAUUUCUAUUGAGCAUCAACAAAGAACUUCCUUAAAACGCUCUUCUGAUGGCUCCAACAACGGCAACUUUACUUCCCACCAACAAGCUAAACGUCAAGUUUUGCUACCCCCAGGAAACAACAACUCUAAUGGAGCCCAUAAUCAAGUAAAUUCGAAUAUAGCACGAAUAUUGAGUGCUGCGGGCGAACAACAACAACAAAGUCAAAAACAUAAUAAUUGUGGAACGGCCACCUACGAGAGGAAUUCGGGAGGGAAUAAUACUUCAAACACCAAUUCUCCUUUGAGCGACAACAGUAGCAACAGUAACAAUGCCACAAUCCAUCUAACAACAACCCCACCUUCAUUAAUGUCUCAACAGCAACAACAACGUUCUUUCUGGCCUUCAAAUCCCCAACAAAUGCUGGGUGUAUUACCCCCAAAUCAUUACCACCAUUUCGAUCAAAUAUCACUUGCUGCUGUAGCUGCUGGUUUCCCUCAACAGCAGGUCCCUCAGUACGUGAACCAGUACCCAACAAAAUUUAUAUGUCCAAAAUACGAGUGUUAUUCACCCGAGGACGCGACUAUAACGAUGUCCAAUGGUUCUGAUCAAAUGAGAGUUGUAGCUAUUCCCCAGCAACAACAACAACAAAAUUCACAACAGAUUGGAGACCAAGCAGCAGAAAAUUUGUUGGUUCCCCCCUCGUAUUCUGACGUGCAAAAAGUUGUUUUGCAGCCACUUUAA